AUGAGAUGGCCUGGAGAGCCCAAGCCCACUCUGAGAUACGGUGGCUUCCAAGUCCGCGAGGACGACUGUUCGUACGUGUGGAACGUGAGCGCGAAGGAGAGGUGCAGGUGGGUUAAGGAAACGGCGGACUGCCAGCUCGGCUCCUUCGUGCCCUAUCCCACUCUGCUUUUCUGCGCUUUCGGCACGGAAAGCUCCUACCUGUUCGCCGGCGGACUCGCGCUCUUGCUUCUUUGUCUGUUCUACUGGUUCCUCGUGCUCGGGACUACCGCCGACAACUUGUAAUUGCACCGCUUCUGCCCGUCUCUGGCGACGAUCGCGUCGGCGCUGCGCCUCUCCGAGAACGUCGCCGGCGUGACGAUUCUGGCGUUCGGCAACGGCUCGCCCGACAUCUUCACGUCGAUAGUGUCGAGCGAAGACGAGCGACUGAUAAUGUUCACGGAGCUGAUCGGCGCGGGCGUUUUCGUGACCGCGGUCAUCGCUGCUUCCGUCGCAGCUGCCUCGCCGUUUCGCCCGCAGCCCAAAUACUUCCUACGCGACGUCGCCUUCUACGUGUCGUCCGCCUGCUGGAUCUGCUACAUCGUGCAAGAUAACCUGGUGCAUCUGUGGGAGGCUGUCGGCUGCAUCGCGAUAUACGCGCUGUUCAUUCUGGCAGUGGUGCUGACGCAACGCCUGGAAGCGAGUCGCGAUCGCCGCAACAAGCGCGUGCCAAUGUUGCGGGACGAGCUGGCGCUGCGUGCAUUCGUGGCCAACAGAGGUAGGGAUUCGUUGCCCGUGCCGCAGCUGCCGAGACGCACUCGCGCCUACGACGUCCAAGCGAAACUCGACGUUGCGAUCAGCCGAGAAGUCGAACGAGAGCGUAGGCUGAGUGGGCGAUCGGCUGUCGGAGAAAGGACGUCGGGGCCGCGGUCGCACAGACCUCAAGGCCUGUUUCGCGAAUUCUUCUACGACGUCAAUCCCAUCAACGCGGACGAGUGGCGCUCUUCGAAGCGCAUACUCAAGCUGAUACUGGUGUUGCGCGCCCCGUUCAUGCUGAUGCUGCAAUUGCUUGUGCCGGUGGUCAACGAGACAGCCGAGAAACGAGGCUGGUCCAAACUUCUCAACUGCGUACAGCUCGCGGUGACGCCGAUCGCCGCGCUCUGCAUUCUUGAAAUGUGGGACAGGAAAGUCGGAGCGUUGCCCCUCUUGGCCGUUUGCUUCGGCUGCACUUCGUUGCUCGCCUUCGUAAUUUUCUUGCUCACCUCCGCCGACAGAAUCCCCGAAUAUCACAACGCACUGGCGUUCGUGGGAUUCCUGGCGGCAAUGUUGGUCGUUUACGCGGUUGCCCAGGAGGUGAUGGCGGUACUGGAGACCGUGGGCUUCGCUAGCGGUAUCUCCGAUGCUAUGCUCGGCCUCACCCUACUCGCCUGGGGCAACAGCAUCGGUGGUAAAUAUUCGUCUCUCCCUGCCUCCUCCUCUGUUUCCACGCCUUUAUUUAACACUGCUUUGCGUCGCGUUGCAUUUCACGUGACUAUUUUCCGUUAUCAUUCGUCCACAGAUCUCAUCUCAAACGUAACGAUCGCACGCAAAGGAUAUCCUCGGAUGGGUUUUUCGGCAUGUUUCGGUGGUCCGAUGUUCAACACUCUGCUUGGUUUGGGUCUAACCUUUGGCAUCUCGGCUGCUCGAAGCGACGGUCUCCAAAUACCAAUUCGCACGAGCGAUAUGGCACCUGGUUGCCUUGCCUUUUUACUGUGCUCGCUUCUCAGCAGCCUCAUUUACCUCGCCGUUACUGGCUUCAUUGCGAGGAGGUCUUAUAGCUACCUCUUGCUUAGUGUUUAUGCGGUGUUCAUGCUCAUCAAUGUACUCAGCGAAUGGCACGUUAUACAUCCCUUGGGUACCGAUCAUAGACCUGACAAUGUUCUGUAA